UACUUUCACCUAUGCUGGCCGCCCAGAAAAGCCUAGAAAGAGCUGCUCUUCUCUUCCGCCUCCGGGCCCGCGCGUCAGUGGCCUGCGCAGAGCCCAGGAAACGAAUAGGGGCGCGCACUGGUGCGGCCAGCCCCCUUUCGCGGGGAGGGGCUGGGCGGGAGCGAGCGCGCCUGCGCGGUGGGCAGCUUUUUCUCGCGUUCACGUGUCCGGAGGGUCCGACAGUAGGUCUCUCCUUUUGCCUGCGGCGUGAGUGCAGAGUGCGAACUGCGGCAGCCGGAGUCAUGGCAGGACAGGCAUUCAGAAAGUUUCUUCCCCUCUUUGACCGAGUAUUAGUUGAAAGAAGUGCAGCCGAAACUGUAACCAAAGGAGGCAUUAUGCUUCCAGAAAAAUCACAAGGAAAAGUAUUGCAAGCAACGGUGGUAGCUGUUGGAUCAGGCUCUAAAGGAAAGGGUGGAGAGAUUCAGCCAGUUAGUGUGAAAGUUGGAGAUAAAGUUCUUCUCCCAGAAUAUGGAGGCACCAAAGUAGUUCUAGACGACAAGGAUUAUUUCUUAUUUAGAGAUGGUGACAUUCUUGGGAAAUAUGUUGACUGAAAUAAGUCACUAUUGAAAUGGCAUCACUUGAAGCUGCCCAUUCCACUGAAGUUCUGAAAUCUUUCAUCAUGUAAAUAAUUUCCAUGUUCCUCUUUUAUAAUAAACUAAGGAUAUCCAAGCUAAUGACA